AUGUCAUCCUCUGAAGGCUCCUCUGCCGGCGGCUCUCCGGCCGGCCUCCCUGACAGACACUUUGUUGGCGUCGGGGGGCGAGGAGCUCGACGGUGCUACCUGUUGGAUGGGAUCUCUAAAGGAGCCUGGCUCAACCGCUCCAGCAUCAUAUUCGCAGGGAAGGACAAGUGGUCCGUGGACCCCCGGGUGUCCAUCGUGUCCAGCGUGGGCGACAAACACGAGUACAGCCUCCAGAUACAGAAGGUGGACGUUACCGACGACGGCCAGUACACCUGCUCCAUCCAGAGCGAGCGCAACCCGCGGCCGAAGCUGCUCAACCUCAUCGUGAAAGUUCCUCCCAAGAUAUACGACAUUUCGUCCGACAUCACGGUAAACGAAGGCAGCAACGUGUCGCUCAUCUGCACGGCGAGCGGGAAACCCGAGCCGACCAUUUCCUGGAGACACAUAACCCCAUUAGCCAGGAAGUAUGACAGCGGCGAAUAUCUCAACAUCACCGGCAUCACGAGGGACCAGGCUGGAGACUACGAAUGCAGCGCUUUAAAUGACAUCGCCUCUCCUGACUCCAAAACAGUAAAAGUCACAGUCAACUUUGCUCCGUCUAUCCAUGAAAUGAAGAGCCACGGAGUCGGCCUGGGACGCACCGCCCUGCUCCGGUGUGAAGCCGCCGCCGUCCCCUCGCCAACGUUCGAGUGGUACAAGGGCGAGAAAAGGAUUAUCAAGGGUCAGGGCAUCGACAUCAAGAGCCUCAGCUCCAGAUCAGUCCUCACAGUGACCAACAUGACGGAGGAUCGCUACGGAAACUACACAUGCGUCGCCUCCAACAAGCUAGGGACGGCUAAUGCCAGUGUGCCUCUCAUCCGCGCUACUCACACAGAGUUGAGUGAACCAGGAAGUCUGUGUUGCCUGAGCAACUCUGCGCCCAACACUGCACCCUAUGGGAGCACGGGGAGCGCCAACGUCCCGCUGGCCUGCCGGUACCUGGUCCUGGCGCUCUCCUCCUUCAUCAGCGUCUACUAGCGGAGGCCAAGCCGGACACAAUGACUGUCGAGAGCAUUUAUGAGUCCUUUUUGACAUUGCUGAUGGCUGGAAUCCAAUCUGGUACAGUUUGUUGAGAAGCUGUGGUGGGAAAAUAAUCAGUUUGUGUGGGGAAAUCUUUUCUUUUUUUCUUUUCUUUUCUUUUCUUCUCUCUCUCUCUCUCUCUCUCAUGUAAAUACUAUGAUGUUUUUUUAUUAUUAUUAUUAUUUCGUCUCUCUUAUGUUGUUUUUAUUUCCUGAUUGAUUGACCGCCUUGUGAAUCAGUGCUCACCCCCCCACCCCCACCUCCAAUCAUAUCAACAGCCCCCCUCCUGAAACCUCCACUUACUUUCAUGCAUCUCUUUCCCUGCGAGGCGAUUGGUGCAAAAAUUGACAUUAUCAUCCGUUUUUGUUUUUUUGUUUUUUGGUUGUUUUUUUUUUGUACAUGGCUAAAAAGAAGCAAUUGUGCCAAGUCUCUCAGUACACAAAAUUAUCAUUCCAAUGUUGUAUUGAAUGUAUUAUGGGCUGCUGAACAAAGGACAGACAUUUAGAUUCCUAACAAUACAAAUUUUGAUUAUGGAGUGUGCUUAAAAAAUACAGAAAAAAUAAAAAAAAUAUAUAAAAAAAACAAACAAAAGAACAAAAAAGGCCGGGCUUUUUCAGGACCUGUGUUGUCAUGAUUACUCAAUAGAUGGAUGAACAGUGUUGAAGGUGUGCUUUGUUGUGUUCUGAAAUAGGUCCAUCGGUUGCCACGCCCGCCGAAGCAGCUUCGAUCGGGCGGCCGUCAAAGUAGCAAAAUAUACCGUAUCGUAUCUUUGAUUUCUUAUAGUGUAGGCUUUUGUUUUGAAGUGGGACCAGCUUUUCUCAUCCGACCAAGAGCGUUAACGCGACUUUGUACAGUACGAAGGGAGGAACAUCGCUGCCCUGUGUUUACAUUCUCUUCCUUGAAAAAUAAUAAAAUGCUCCAGUAUGCUCUCGGUUCUUUUUCUCAGCGAGUCCACGAAUGUCACAACAAAGAGUCUGAAGCUCGUUUGGAGGUUGUGUUUGGCCACCCGACGUCGAUAAAGGAUCCUUAAACACAGUAAAUAAAAACCUACUCGGUCGUUCCCAGAGAGCCGAAGCCUUCCUCCCCAAACACGUUUGCUUAAGUACAUAAUCUACAAAAAAAUAGUACAGUAAUUAAACCUGCUUCGACUCGGUCCGUCUCGUGUUAAUUAUGAGAGAUAAAAAACUCACAAACACGCUCAUCGCCGCGGACGUGGCCCUAAGGUGCUAACGGCUCCUCCAAGAUGAGCGAGUUCAACAAACAGACGAUCGGAGCAAAUUAAAUCACGAGUUUAAUGGGAGAACCUGUGACUUUUUUUUCCCUUCCCCUGAAAUUAAGCAUAUCAAGGCUCCAAACCAGUGUUUUGCUUUGUUUUGGCAUAUUCAUCCUCGGGUAUCUUGGAUUCUCAGCUGAAGCAGAGAUACUGUACUGUAAUGCCUUAAUAGUACCAUAGACAUUAAAUUUCCCUCCUUCAGAAGGACUCUUCCAGAAGCUCUCAGUAAGAUCCAACCAUCCGUCUGACUGAAUGUUCAUCAGCCAUUAGCCGUUCCAAUUAGGCGUUGUUAUUAUUAUUAUUAUGAUAUUCAAUGAAAUCCAACCGACGUCUCUCGCAGGUAUUUUCAAACAUAAGCGUCUGAUGCAGUAUUUGUGGAGCGGGUCGACCCGAGUGUGCGUCGCCCCGCCGUGAUCUGGAAACUGCAACUCUAUACAGAAAAAUAGCCAUCCCAGAUAAAAAGACUUAAAGCACAAACGCUGUUAUUAUUUCUGUGGUGAUUUGUUUUUAAGGUCUGCUAAACUCUUUUUUUUUUUUCUUUUUCUUUUUGUACUGAAAUUGUUCUCAUUUUUUUUUUUUUUGUUUUACGAAUUCUGAAAAUACUGCACCGUAUGAUCUUGUUUAAAUGUUAAGGUAUAAUGAAAUUGAGUCAGAAGUAUAUUUAUUCUCUUCCUUUAUGAAAAACGAUGUAUUAAAAAAAAAAAACCAACAAAAAAAACAAAAAAAAAAACACAUUUGAAACAUGUAACACUGGAUAUGUGACAUUUAUUUGAAUGAGGCUCAGUGUGGCAUAGUUUAUAAUGUUGUCGGGUUCAUUUAGAUGCCAUCACUGUCGUUGAUUUAAGUACAUUAAAAAGAACAAUGUUUGCAAAUCAAAUUACCUACUUUUUGAACCAGAGAGGGUGUGAACCAAUAUAACAGUAUUAUAGAACAGAAUCAAUGUGUGUAUAUUUGGAGAAUAUAGGAAACCUUUUGAUCUUUAGAGCCAGUGUGUAGUCAUAGUUUUCACACACUUUGAGUGUUUGACGAUGUGCAGAGAGUAUGGUUGUGCUGCAUGUCCAAGUUAACCUGUGUUUUUGAGGUGGCCAUUUUACAGAUAUUCAUACUUUCUAAUGAAUGGAAGCCGGGUUUUUUUUUUUUUGUUUUGUUUUUUCUUUUUCCUCCAAACGUUUGGUUCAUAAACCUGGUCUAAAAAUACAUACCUCCUACAGAUCACCAGGCCGUGUUUGUUUGUGGUUUCUUUCGAUCAACUUUGCUGAUGAUAAAAAAAAAAAAAACAACUGCUGUUCAGAGUCAUGAUGAGUAUUGUGGCACAAUGGUGACAGUCUGGACUUCUGUUGGUUGCUUGUCUGAGCAGUUACGACCAUGCUAGUAUUCAUACAUAUGAAAUGUACUGGAUGUUGAUUAUUUUGAAUAAUGGUAUUAACAAGUCCCUUUUAUCGAAUCCGUAUUAUUUGCAAUAAAAGUCUUCAUGUUACAAUGUAAA